GAAGCGUCACUUCCGGUCUGGAAGUCACGCCAGAGGUGUAGCGACAGUAGACACAACACUACUUCCGUCUGUUCUCACUCAGCUUCCGGUUCUGGCAAAAGCUUUUAGAUGGUGCUGUGCUGAGCGGCAAGCGGGAAAUUAUUAGGGUUGGGGCGGUGUUAGCGCGGUUCCUCCGCCUAUUUUUUUUGCUUCACUGACUGAGGCUGAGUGUGGGCAUUAUCGGUACCGCGAGUCAUCGGAAAUAUGAGUUCGACCGGGGAUGAGAUCAUUCGUAUCGCCAAGAAGAUGGAUCGGAUGGUGCAGAAGAAAAACACGGUAGGAGCUCUGGAUUUAUUGAAAGAACUUAAAAACCUUCCGAUGACAUUGGAGCUGCUUCAGUCCACCCGAAUUGGAAUGUCUGUGAAUGCCAUCCGUAAGCAAAGUGGGGAAGAAGACGUGACUUCACUAGCCAAGGCUCUCAUCAAGUCCUGGAAAAAACUGUUAGAUGGACCAUCUGCUGACAUGGAGGAAAAGAAAAAAGAUCAACCAGCUCCUGCACAAAAUAGCCCAGAACCCAAAGAAGAGAACAGUUCCAGCACAAAUUUUGCUGCCCAGAAGGAUGAAUUUCCUGCUCCUUCCGAUGGUUUCAUUACUUCUUUUCCCAAAGCACCCAUUACUUCAGAUUCAGUAAGAAUUAAAUGUCGAGAGCUACUGGCUGCAGCACUAAAAACAGGAGAUGACCACAUUGCCAUUGGUGCUAAUGUUGAUGAACUUGGUGCUCAGAUCGAGGAUGCAGUUUUCCAAGAAUUCAAAAACACAGAAGCAAAAUACAAAAACAGAAUCCGGAGCAGAAUUGCAAACCUCAAGGAUGCAAAAAAUCCCAACCUGAGAAGAAAUGUCCUUUGUGGCAACAUUGCUCCUGACUUUUUUGCAAGGAUGACGGCCGAGGAAAUGGCUAGCGAUGAACUGAAAGAGAUGCGGAAAAACCUGACCAAAGAGGCUAUCCGAGAGCAUCAGAUGGCCAAGACAGGAGGCACAGAAACUGACCUGUUCUCUUGUGGGAAAUGCAAAAAGAAGAACUGCACCUAUACUCAGGUUCAGACCCGAAGUGCUGAUGAACCAAUGACAACAUUUGUCUUUUGUAACGAGUGUGGAAACAGAUGGAAGUUUUGCUAAUGGGAAAAGAUACCACUACAUCCAGAGGAAAAAAAAAGUGAGGAAGAGACCAUUUUGUAAUUUAAACAAAUCUUGUAGAUUUCUGCAGAGAAGUUCCCGAUCCGGAUUCAUCCAUAGGACUCGCUGGGUUUUUAAGUUCAAUCACUUUAUGAAACUGUUUCUUUCACAGCAGGGAGAGUAUGCACCAAUUUUUAUGGUGCAUGUUAAAACAAGAAAAAGAAAAAAAACAUGUUUUUAUAACUAAGGCAGCAUUAAAAUUUUAUUGAUACAGUUGUGCCAUUUGUUCCCUUGCUCUUUUGGUGUUGGCGUUUCAGUAGAACUGCUCCUGAUAAUGGCAAGCUCCUCUGUAGCGGUUAUAAAUACUUUGUGUUCAUGAUAAAAUGGCAAUAAUACUAGUGAUGCACCGAAUCCAGGAUUUGGCCUUUUUCAGCAGGAUUCAGAUUCGGCCGAAUCCUUCUUUCUGGCCGAACCGAAUCCAAAUCCUAAUUUGCAUAUGCAAAUUAGGGGAUUUGGUUCGGUAUUCAGAUGAAUCUUUCUUUCGUGAAGGAUUCGGGGGUUUGGCUAAAUCCAAAAUAGUGGAUUCGGUGCAUCCCUAAUUAAUACGCCAGUGCCUGCUCACAGUUAUAAUGAGCGAGUCUGCUGAAUAAAUACUCUGCGGUCCAAUUUCCAGGCAAAUUGCACAUUUUCUGCUGCGCUUUUCCUGUGAAUUUUAAGCCCUAUGAUGUUAUUUCAUGUAGCUCACAUCUCUUUGGGGAGUACAAUUGUAAGAUUAUUUUUAUACUUGGUUCUAAGUAGUGUUGGUUACCCCUUUUUUCCCCCCCUGUGUUUCAGAAAACAUUCAUUGCUAACUGUCAGGUUUUUCUUUCGCUGCCAUGAUUGUCUUCAACAGCAAAUGGAAAGCUGAGUUUAGUGCUUGAUGUAGUUUGUGGCAUUACUGUGCCCUGACAAUGCUGCCCGAUGUGUGUGUGUGUGUCCAUUUGAUGUAAUGGUGGGCUGCGCUUACCAAAUUGCUGUGUUAACUCACCCGGGGUUUAACAGGCAUUUAAUAAAUAAAGUGUUAUCCUGAAACAUUGGAAGUAGAUUCUCACUAAUAUGCUGUUUUAUGCCAGAUGUUAAAUCUGACAUCUCUAAGGUUUAGUUGAAAUGUCUCUUCUAGGCACUGUGUGCACUAGAUCCCUGUGUAUCACGGCUGCUAGUAGAACAUACAUUGGCGUUUUUUUCCCCUUCGCAUUGGCUAGUUCCAUGAUUAAUUGGCGUGCGCAAUCCAGGUUAUAUAGAAAAAUGUUCUAAACCUAUAAAUGCACCCUAAAAUUAAAUGUCAUUUUACUGUACGGUGUCCAAACCAUAUGUUUAUGUUCAUUCCUGUACUCUGUAAUCUUGUCUAUAAGUAAAUGACUUUUGAUGACUUU